GCGGAUGGGAAGAUUGUUCAGAGGGAAUUCGUACAUUCACCCUUCAGACGGCGUACGGGAAGAACGGUCAUCCUGAUCAUGACGCCCAAGGUGUCAGAUUGGCUUGGAAAAAGUUCCGAGGUUUCGGCAAGCAAGCCACCAUGCUUCCGUUUUACACGGCAAUAACAUCAAAUUUAGAACCGUGUGUUCUCUUGCGGAGUUUCUUUGAUGACUGGGAGAGAUUGGUGCCGCCAGCCAGGUGUUUAGAUGUGUCGCAGGAGCAUCGUAUUUCGAUGCCGAUAGCGUAUGUUGGCGAUGACGAGGACCGCACUCAAACUUCAGAAUUGUCGACUGAUGUUGCUACGGAGGGUGCGACUGGAGGGCUUGACCCUAACUACGUUCCUGAGCAGCAAGACCCCUCAGGUGCUUAUGAAGAAUCCGAGCUGGAAGGUGAAGCUGUCGAACGCAGACAUGCGGAGGGGGCGGUCGCCGAGGUGGCUCGGGCUCCAGUAAGUGCUAUAAAUGAGCCGUCGCCCCAGGAGGGGGCGGUCGCCGACAUGGCUGAGGCUCCAGUAAGUGCUACGGAUGAGCCGUCGACUAGGGCGAAGACGACUGGAGUUAGUACUACUGUUGGACAUCCUGAGGUUGCGGAGCAGCAAAGGGGUGGGGAGACAGGUAAAAGACCUGUUGCGGUGGGAGAAAAGAGAAGUGGAGAAGAAUCUGGCACCGAGGGGGCUGGAGAUGAAGACACCCCUCGUUUAUCUUCACACAAGAAAAGGAGAACAAGUACCCCUCGCCAGAUAUCUGACAAGAAGAGGAAAUCGGCGGGAAAGAACACGGGAACACCGAAGGCGAGACGGGGAGGUGGAUCGGGGGAAGGGUCAUCGAAAGGCAAGCGGGCACGAGCAGAUGAAAAUGAAAGUGAGGACGACAAGGAAAAGGUUGUCGAUCUGGACGCCGGGUAUUUUCUGGAAUGGAAAGAGGGUAUAAAGAAAGAUGUCACUCUUUCUAUGAACCCGGAGAGGGUAUUGGAGUUGCCGGCGUGGGAAAGGCCAUACAAUCAUCGUUUGAUCGACCCAACGCACACGGCAUAUAUAUUGCGGUGUAUGAUGGAUGCCUUCAAUAAGAAAGGAAAGACGUGCGAGAAGCCAAUUUUGAAAUUGACGCCAAUCGCAGGGCUUCCUAGCCCUGGACGGAAGGCUGUUCGUCUGACCCCAGACAAAUUCAAAGUGGAGAACCCGAACGAACACUGGUACUAUGCUGUCAGUGGGCAACACAAUGUCAAGGCUGCGCUGGAGUUGAGAAACCACGAGAUUUGGGAGAAGCAUACCUUCUACGACUGGCCAUUCAAGCCUUUGUACUUCGCCGACGAGGACUUUGAUGGUUAUACGCAGAUAAGCGUGAACGAGAAUAGGAAGGACAAGUUAGCCCCUCCUCGGGCUCAACGACUGUCAAUGAUAGACAUUCGUCAGGUGUGGAAUAACUUGAAGCGUCCUCGUGCUGUCACCGGCAAUAUAAAGUUCAAGAAGGAUUUGGUCAGUAAAUAUGAAGAGUUUCAGAAAACCGCCUUGAGGAAAACGCCUUACUUCAACCUUUGGGGGUUGGCUGAUGAGAAAUCGAAGAAAAAGGAAUGGACGGAGAGACUGAGGUACUACUUACCUCUGGUGAUGAUGGACGAUGAAACGUGGAUGCUUGGCAUGAAAUUCUACGACGAGUGGCAGAAGGGCCAUCUGCUCGCCUCUGAUGGCGCUAUGUGGACGAAGAGGCCUCCAACAACGGACCUGAAAGUCACCCGUGAGGGUCAGUCAUUUGCGGAGGACAGCAGUGGCCAUAAGAGAGUUGUGUAUAAUGUGCGUGUGACUGAUCUGGAGAUGCGGAAAGGCAAGAAGAAAAGGAAACAGGAGGAGCGCGACUUUUUCGUCCAGGUGAGUGAACCCGACGUGCAUUUUUGGAAAGACUUGGGGGAUUUUACAGACGCGGAGAAACGUCGGAUCCUGCGAGGGUUGCUGGACCUGGAUAUUGUCUGGGUGCAGCAAGGAAGCAAGAAGCUGAUUGAGCAAGGAAAGGUUGGGAUGAAAGAUGCUUGUGAAAUGGUCAAGCAAGAUCGGAUGUUGCUCCAGCUGUGGCAUAUUGUGCAAUUCCAGCACGAGGGUCGCGACAACGAUGAUUGGAGUGCCUCCUUUUUCCGGACGAAGGAGCAAUUGAUGGCAGAGUACGCCUCCAAGGGACUGGACGAGAAAUUGUGGGCGGGCUGCAGGAAAUGGAUCACAGAUCACUCGUACCUCAAGGAAUGCCCCCAGUAUCUCGACUGUCCGAGUGAUAAGGACGUGGUGGCAACGAUGAAGUUGGUUAAUCACGAGAAGUUUCCUACUGAAUGGAAGCGGGUUGUGCUGUCCGUGCUUAAAGGCGAACGUGGCAAGACAGAAGAGGGGCCGCAAGCACUGGGAGAAUGCACCACCAUCAAAUGGAAGGAAACCAAGCAAGUGACAACCCUCACACCAUUUGCUUACGACGCCUUCAYGRCUUUUCUAAGAAAAGAUGAGAUGAGGAAAGUUGUGAYGCAGCUGCGAUGCCACACUUGCAUCAUUGACUUCUGCGAUCCCGUCGACCGAGCACGUUGGAAUGACGAGGCUUUCCGAUCAUUGGCGGCAUUCCUUGAAGCUGUGUGUCUUGAUUUUUGGACUUUAAUUGCUUUUGUUCCCAGACAGUGGGACCUUUUCUUCAUGGGUCUUCUCCACAUUCUUCCUGUCACGAAUGGUUGUGCAGGAAAAUGGAUUCGGAGGAGUCAAGUUAAGAAGCACUACCAAAUCGGGAACAAUGUGUGGGGCGACGAGGACAGGAUGUAUGUUCUUUUCCACGGGGAUGAUAUGAAGCUUAACACCCCGCCGACAUAUGAGGGACGAUUGCCGGACGAUGACGCUGCAGCUCUUGGGAAAAGGCAAAAGGUGACACCCUCAGACAUUGCCGAAAUACAGUUCACGACCACGACGUAUGCAUCGGCAGGUGUGCACCACCUGAAGGGGUUCGUCUAUAAGGAAAUGGAGCGCAACCCGGGUAUGUUAUCGGGUCACAUAGAGUUCUUCUGCCCAGUCGAGAAUGAAGUUGUGUGGCAUCUCCUCAAGAGCGGGCGCCAUGUUAUGGCCAUCGAGGGAGACACAGAGCUCCUCAACUUCUUGAUGACAUUUGUUGCGCACGAGGUGCACACGGGUGUGGACAACUGUGAAUUCUACCAGGUGCAGAAAGAGGUCGACCAUGAUCCACACAGGAACAUGUGGCUCAAGCUGUCAGCUGAGAAAAGGGCGAAUGUAUACAAGUUUCUGUUCCUCGACACAAGAUUGAAACUAAGAUUCGAGGACGACUACAAGUGUCGCCGAGAUGUCGUGAUUGGUGCAUUGGAUGGCUUUCGUGGUGCUUCUAGAGAGGCUGCAGCCAACUUCGUGGAGAAACUUGAGGAAUGCUAUUUCGACAAUGGCAAGGUGGAACUCACACUAAAUUAUUACAAGGCUCAGUUUACCGAAGAGGACAAUUUCAAAGCAAACAGCGAGGAAGAAGUCAGCGAGGGCGGGUCAUACUCCCCCAGAAGGACAGAUUCUCUUGCGAGUCCUUGUGCAACUGGGUCUGAGGUGGAUAAGGGGCGGGUUGGCCUUUUUUCUGCCAGCCCCGGAUGUAUCCACCAUCCAAGCGGGCGCGUCAGUGUGGAGCAGAAUGAGGACUUAGUUGUCGGAAGCAUUUCGGCCGGUGGCGGAUAUAUCCGCUCCUCGACGCAUCAACUCAGCAGCACCGACGACACCCUUCCUCUGGGUAUGGAAGACCAGGAGACUGCACCCUUUGACACACAUUACGAUGGUUCCGAGGGCGGGCAUGUCCCUCUUACAAAUGCACCGGAGGAACAUGCACGCGGGUCAUACAAGGGGCGUGGGCUGCGUGAUGGCGGUUCUUUCGCCGGCGCCGGAUGUAUCCGCUGUCCAGGGCUUCGUGUCAGUGCAGAGCAGAAGGAGGAGUUAGUUGUCAAACCCGUUUCCACCGGCGGCGGAUCUAUCCGCUCCUCGGCGCAGCAGCCACGUAGCACGGAUAACACCCUUGCCCUGGGUGUGGAAGACCAGGUGACUCCACCACCUGAUACACGUUGUGGCGGUUCCCAGGGCGGGUAUGUCUCGCAGUUAUGUUCAGGGUUUCCUGACAUACGGCCCUCCAAAAUCCAUAUGGCCACAGUCGUGUCGGGCGACUGGAAUGAGGACGAGGACGUCACCAUGCUCGAAGUGGAAGAGUUGUCUUUCCGUUGUCCGAUCGAAGAUGAUCUUGUCAAGACACUCUUCCACGAUUCCCCCGUUGUCAUCUCUCCCUCUUCACAAUUAUUGACUCCUCAAGAUGAAGUUCUUGCCAUCCGUGGGAGUGGUGGAACAACUGGUCAUCCUGUAGAGUUGUGCCCCGAUGCUCCGGAAAAAGCUGUUUGCCUCAUCGACGCGGACAUUAAGGACUUGUCCCGACUUCCAUCCCAGUUAGAUCGCAUUAUGGCAUCGGCGCAGACUGAAGAGUUCGUGCUGGGUCUAAGCGCGACAUGUCUGAGAAAAGACUUGCCACAACCGAAAGUUUUAGACGAGAAGAAUACUAAGGAACAUCUCCGGCACGAAGCUGUGGCUCGUAAGCAGUGACAUGUGUUGCUCACAUUUGACAUGUGUUGCUCACAUUUGGGUCAACGUAGUGUAUGAGCACUUGGAGUUAAUUCACUGACAUGAG